GACUGCAUUUCACACAGGCCAAUAUCAUCACUUGAAGGAACAACCCAGAUGAACAAACUCUUCAUCUUUCUUUUCAUCUGGAAAGCUUGCACAACUUCAAAGAGAAAGACUUUUAUCCAGCAACCUGUGUCUGAGUCAGUCCAGCCAGGAGACUCUGUGACUCUGAACUGUACAAUACACACUGAGACCUGUGCAGGAGAACACAGUGUCUAUUGGUUCAGACAUGGCUCAGGAGAAUCCCGUCCAGGAAUCAUUUCCACCCAUGGAAACAGGAGUGAUCAGUGUGAGCAGAGCCCUGAGGCUGGGUCUCCUACACAGAGCUGUGUCUACAACCUCCCCAAGAGGAACCUCAGCCUAUCUGAUGCUGGGACUUACUACUGUGCUGUGGCCUCAUGUGGGGAGAUACUGUUUGGGAAUGGGACCAAGCUGGACAUUCAUAAGUAUGAUUUCCCCCUGACUCCCACUGCUCUUGUGCUGGUCAUAUCAAACAUUGUGGUUGUGAUUGUCAUCAUUCUAUUGACAUGUUGGAUAUGCAAGGAAAGGACCAGAGGACCUGAAGAUGCAACUGAUAGAUCACCAACCCCACCAGUCAAUCAGAACCAAGACAGUGACGUGGUAAACUAUGCAGCUGUGAGUUUCACCACCAACAAAAGCUCCUCCUCCAGAAGACAGAGAGCCCAGACCAGCAGAGAGGAUGCAGAGUACUCUGAGGUCAGGUACCUUCAGCAGGAGAGAGAUAUGUGAAUAACCUCACCACAUUGAACGGAAACCACAUCCAUAUACAUUAGAGAUAACUUUGAAGGCCUUGUGAUGACUGGUCAAAAAAAAAGAUUUUAGUACGUAACUAAUAGCUAAAUAAAAUAGGAAAUAGCUCUAAUUGUAACCUAGAAAAGCAACAUGUAUUCGAAUAUUCGUUGAGUAGGCUUUCAUUGUUUCUCCAAUGUCUUAAAUAUGCAAAUGACCUCAACUGAAUAAAUGUUGCUGAUCAAAAAUCACAGCUUAAUUUAUGAGUGUCACGUCCUGGCCAGUAUAAGGUUAAUUGUUUUUGUAGUUUGGUCAGGACGUGGCAGAGGGUAUUUGUUUUAUGUGGUUCGGGGUGGUGUGUUUGUGUAAAGGGUGUUUGAUUUAGUAUU